AUGUCAGCUUCAGAGUUCAGGAUUCCUUACCAGCCAGUAUCAUCUUCGCAGCCUUCGGAGAAUACAGGUCAGUUCAAGAUAUGCCGAUGUGGAGAGGGAGACCUGAACUCCCAGACUGGUGAAACCGGUGAUAGUCCACAAACUGCAUGUCCUAACUGCCAGGUUCUUAAGAGUGGACAUUUACUGCUUUCAUCUAAAGGGAUUGGUUGGACAACAUGGAAAAAGCGCUGGUUUAUUCUUACAAGGGCAUCAUUAGUGUUCUUCAGAAGUGACCCUAAUGCACCUCCCAGAGGAAAUGAACCAGUUGUUACACUUGGUGGAAUCGACUUGAAUAACUCCGGAAGUGUUGUAGUCAAAGAAGACAGGAAACUUUUAACAGUGUUAUUUCCUGAUGGCCGCGAAGGGCGUACUUUUACUCUGAAGGCAGAAACUACGGAAGAACUCAACGAGUGGAGAAAUGCAUUAGAGAGUGCUUUAGCGCAGGCACCAAGUGUAGCGAGUACAGUGGGGCAAAAUCCAAUAUUUAACGCUGAUGGAACAGAAUCUUCUGAAGCUUCAACUGAACAGUCGGAGGAUGAAUCAUCUGUUAUUGGGAGACCUGCACAGUUUGCACUUAUAGAGGCUGAUGGUAGUCCAGCUUUCCUGGAGAAGGCCUUGAGGUUCAUUGAAGAUUAUGGUUGCAAGGGAGAAGGAAUCCUCCGUCAAUCUGCUGAUGUUGAAGAAGUCAAACGCAGAUUUCGUGAUUAUGAUAAGGGAAAGAAAGAGUUCUCCCCAGAUGAGGAUGGGCAUGUUAUUGGUGACUGUAUUAAGACUAUUCUUCGAGAGAUGCCAGCUUCGCCAGUUCCUGCAGCAUGUUGCACCGCGCUGGUUACAGCUUACCGAACUGACAAGACAAAAAGACUUGAUGCUUUAAAUAAAGUUGUAUAUGAAGUUUUCCCGGAACCGAAUCGGCAAUUACUGCAGAGGAUCCUUAAGAUGAUGAUGAUCGUUGGAUCACACAAAGCUGUGAACAGGAUGUCUAAUUCCGCUUUGGCGGCUUGUAUGGCACCACUCCUUCUUCGUCCUCUUCUUCUUGGUGAAUGUGAAAUUGAUAAAGACUUCAGUAUGGCUGGGGAUGGUUCAUUCCAGCUGCUUCAAGCUGCAGCUGCAGCCAACCAUGCUCAAGCUAUUGUUAUCAUUAUGCUUGAGGAAUAUGAUCAGAUAUUUGAUGACAUAGAAGAAGGUUCUUCGGACGCUUAUACUGAGUCUGACGACGGUGAUGUUGACAAGGAAUAUUCUACAGAUAAUGACAACCAUGAUGAGGAUGGUUCUUAUGAUUCUGGUGAAGAUGACAUUGAAGAAGACUUGGAUGAUAAUACCGAACACUCUUCUGGCGGCAGUGAAUGUGAUGGCAAUAGUAGAAUCAAUGCCAAACGUGACAAGAUGAAAGUGGGAAAAACAGAACGUGGUUUGUCAAGGGAGGACAAAGGAUCACAUGCAUCCACAGAUCAUAUAGCAAAAUCCCAUUCAUCAUCUUCGAAAGCAAAAUUUAUGAAGUCAAGCAGCUCAGCUAAUAGGGACAAAAAGACAUUAUGGGGCCGUACUUCAGCAAGAAAGGACCUGGACGUUGAGGGCUGCAGUGAUGAUGAGGCUCUUAUUGAGAAGCUUGAGAACAACAAGGCCGAUCUCCAAUCUAAAGUUUCAAAGGAGGUCAAAGAAAAUAAAAACCUCCAGACAAGUCUAGAAAAGCGGAAAGGAACAUUACAUGAACGCCGUUUAGCACUUGAAAAAGAAGUGGAAACUUUGCGAGAUCAGCUGCAUAAGGAGAGAAGUUUGAGGGCCUCAUUGGAGUCUGGGCUGAUGAAUAUGCGAAGAGGGCAGGUGUCCCUCCCGUCGUCAAUAGACAGCAAGACUAAGGCUAAUCUUGAGGAAGUUGCUGCUGCUGAAGCUGAUGUUUUGAAUUUGAAGCAAAAGGCUUGUGAUCUACGCGGACAACUCAGCAGCCAGGCCCAGCUAAGCUCCAUCUCACUAUGUGAAUCAUGCAACAAACGGCUCCAAGACAAGCUUGCCGAAGAGAAACAAAAUGAAAUCAGCUCAUCAACCGAAGCAUCAUCGGCUAUUGGGGCCAAUUCUUUAUCUCGAAUGUUACCCAAUGCAGGCAUGGCGGAUAUUGUUGAACAAUUGAGAAGGCAAGCCGCACAGAAUUCGUCUUCUUCAACAGGUGCUCAAAGAUUGUUGAGGCAAAACUCAAAUAGCCUACACAGGCUUCAAGGACCGAAUACCUUUUCAAGUAAUAGAACAGAGGAACCUGGGGGUGGACCGCCAACUGCAUUAGCUAAGCUGACAAACCGGCUCAACUUCUUGAAAGAAAGAAGGGCAAUGCUCGCAAGUGAGAUGCAAAACUUAGAUUUGGCUCGCCCACCAACGGCUCCAGCUCCAAAUAAAGACUCCACAUGA